AAGUUUUCAGAAUGAGCAGCACUAAAUCAUUGAUCGUCUUGGCACUUCUUGCAAUUUCAGCACUUGCCAGUCCAAGUCUCCGACACGAGAGAGCUCCAGGACCACAGACAGAGGCAAUUGGUGAGUUUCAGAAAGAUGGAACAACUGCAGAACUCGGACCAGGAGAUGACACUCCAGCUCAAUUCGAAGAAGAAGCAUCCGGAGAAGAAGAAGAUCACCAUGAACAUCAUAUGGAAGCUUCUGGUGAAGCUCCAGUUGAUUCUUCCUCGACAGCGCCAAUGAGUUCCGAUGAGCCAAAGAUUGAAGAAACCACCGAAGAAACCACUGAAGAGACCCCAGUUCUAUCCAAAGAGCCAGAAGUUGAGGAGUCGAAGCCAAUUGAAGCUGCCACUGUUGUGAGCGCUGUUGAAGAUCAACCAUCAACAUCAGAAACUUCAUCAAGCUCUUCUGAAGAGCCAUCAACAUCUUCAGAGACUCCAGUUUCAUCAGCAACAUCAUUUGUAUCUUCUUUGUUUGUUCUUGUCUGUGUCUACCUCAUUGCCAUGUAAUUCGGGUAUCCAGAUUGAUUCCUCUGUCAUUCUGAUCAUUCGAUUUCUUGUUUUUGUAUUUACUUUUGGAAAAAUAAACGAACUUUCACUAUUUCAAAU